AUGUCAUCCUUUGAAGAACUGUACCUGCACUAUCGUGGACUUCCACUUCCCAGAGGAACUUUCUCAGAGGAUUUCAAGUAUUUUGAAGAAUUCAACUUUAAAGAUGAUGACAUUUUGGUUGUCACAUACCCAAAGUCAGGUACAACCUGGAUGAAAGAGAUCCUCACGCUGGUGCUGAAUAGUGGAGAUCUGACCCUGUUCCAAACCAUUCCAUGCUGGCUUCGAGUCCCACAUAUAGAAAUGAAAGCUAUGGCCAAACACAUGGAACAGUUGGCAUCUCCACGUUCACUGUCCACACAUUUCCUCUACAACAUGAUGCCGUCUUCCUUGCACACUUCCAAGGCCAAGGUGAUCUAUGUCAUGAGAAACCCAAAGGACAUCUUAGUGUCUUCAUACUACUUCCACCAGAUGGCCAAUUUCCUAGAAGACCCAGGAACUCUUGAUGAGUUCAUGGAUAAAUUUCUUAAAGGCAGAGUAUUUUAUGGAAAAUGGACAGACCAUGUUAAAAGCUGGAAAUGUGCAGAGCUGGGAGACAGAAUAAUGUUCAUCACAUAUGAAGAAAUGAUUCAAGACCUUCCUGCAUCUGUCACGCGCAUUUCAAACUUUCUGUGCCAUAAUCUGAGUGAAGAUGCCAUUCCAAAGAUAGCAGAAUAUUGCUCUUUCAAAAGCAUGAAGGACAAUAAAAUGUCUAACUACAGCACAUUACCCAAGGAGACCAUGGAUCAUGACAAGUCUCCUUUCAUGAGGAAAGGGAUUGCUGGAGACUGGAAAAUCCACCUUAACUCAGAGCAACAGACUCUGUUCACAUCGGCUAUUCGCAAAGAGCUGGAGGGACAGAACUUCUCACUGCCAUGGAGUCUGGAUUAA